ACAAUGUUUGCGGCGAAUGUCAGUACAAUCCACAACUCCCUGAAUAUCUCUGAGUUACUACGACUGUCGGGCUCUCAACAGAGCCUACUGUUCCUGUUCAACCUAUUACUCUGUUUUGCCUCAAUAGUCUGUAACACCAUCGUACUCUACGGAGCAGCGAGACGACGAGCCCUCAAAUCAGACGCAACAACCAUCCUCCUCCUGGAGGCACUCACUGUACUGGAUAUCCUGAUAACUCUAGCUAACCUGGUGCCAGUAACUGUCACCUCCCACGCGGGAAGAUGGGUGCUAGGACCCGCUCUGUGUGUGAUAACCUCGCUGUUUACCCGGUACCUUUACUUCACUGAGUUGUUGGUGGUAUCCUUCAUUUCCCUCCACAGACUGAGAGUUGUGCUGAUGAGGAGGGCGGGGAGACCCAGCUUCUUACAGAGACGCAGACAGAUACUCAUCACUAAAAUAUUCCUCACCGUUAUUUUCUUCUUACCCUUCCUUCCUCUCUGCGCAUCUCUGUUUGGUCCGUCUAGGGCGGAGUUUGUGAUGAUGUACCUGUCCUGUGUGGUACCCGCUCUUUCAGAAGUGUGGGAGUAUGUGGCGCUAUCUUACCUUAUCUUACCCUCAGCCAUCGUCAUCAUCAGCAACCUCAUUAUCACCUACAAUAUCCUCACUUUCAAUGCUAAGGGCCGCGGAGGAUUCUUCUCUAGUCUUCAGGCUUCUCUUAAUCCGGGUGCCAAGAUAAAGGGUCCUAUUUGUCGGAAAAAGAAGCUAAACCACUCGACCUACCUGACUAUCUUAUUAAUCUGUAUAGUGUUCAUGGUAACGUACAGUCCAGUGUAUGUGCAGAUGAUUACCAGUAGUCAUGAAAACAACCAUGCUCCUUCAGAACCCUGGCUGGGAGCUCUCUCUAUAGAGCUACUGUCUCUCAAUGUUAUAGCUAACCCUAUAGUAUACACUUUCUCUAACACUAGGUUUAGAAGGUAUGUUAUCAACCUGAUACACUGCAGGAAACAGGACCCUGGCUCUAAGAAGUUUGGAGAUGAUGAAACUUCCUCUGAAGGGUUUAUAUCCAGUUUCUUCUCCACAGCUAGGACGUCAGUGGCGACUAUGAGGGCGUCUGUUGUAAGUGCUUCUAGAUCCUCUACAGUGCGGCUCAGCAAGUUGUCCACCGCUUCCAACAAGUCCUCUCUCAAAUGUAAAUCUGUUGAAAACUUCAGUUCAGCUGACCAACUAAAAGUGGGUCUGACAGUAAACAGUGACUGUAUUGAGAGAAUGAGGCCGGUAUCACGAGGCUCCAGACCCACCUACAGGAGGGUUAAAAGUUGGAACGCUGUCCCCGCUAUUUCCGAGAACGACCAUGACUCUUCUCUCUCUUCAGGGCGAUCUCAAAUUGCAAAACCUCGCUCCUGCAGCUCCAUUCCGGGGAAAGGAAAAAACAAAGGAGUUCUCAUAAGCACGAAGUUACAAAGAGGUGACAAAUAUUUAUCCACCGCAGAUACAUCAUCACGAUGCAGCGGUGUUACCUUCUCCAUUGGAGACAGUGUCCUCACAUCCGAGCUACCCAGACAGGUUUCCGAUCCCGGACCUAAACCUGAACUGCCCUGCAAAUCCAUCCUGAAGACACCUGAAGAUGAAGAGGAGGCUAUGAUAUCGAGCUUCUUCCCGUCAAGUGACGACGAAGAGGAGGGUGGUAUUGGCUGUGGGAGACAUAGUUUAAGGCGAGGAAGUGAGCGGAGAGUGGGCGUGGUUUGCGUCGAGGAGGUUUGUGUUCACAACAAUACUAAUCGAGCCAAUAAGCCAUGUGGUCAGUUAUAGCAAGCUUCAUUAGAAGUUUAUCUAGAUUGUUUCAAUGUUUCAGAGACCAAAUCAUAUAAAUGAAAGAAAACAAUGUUGACAAAGAAACACGUGUCCCUCUAUUUAACCCCUCUCGUGUUCAUACGGUCGAUGGUUAAAGGACAAAGACUGAUAAUCACAAUUUAACGAUUCGCUACAGAAAAGAAGGAAGUGGAUUCAUUUUAAAGCAGCUAAAUCAAUAUUUGAUCGUGCUGAUAUUUGCAUAUUUUAAUUUUAUUCUUACCAAACAAUAUCUUCUGAUAAAAAUUAUGAUCCAACUCCUAGCAAAGCAGACUUAUUUUUUCCAUUUUUGAUCUAAUACGAACUAUAGCACAGUGUUUUGUUGUUUAAGGACAGUUUUUGCUGAUUUGGCACUCUAUCUAUGUGUGUGAGAACUAGCUAUUACGGUUUUAGACUGGUAUUCACUUUACUUUAGUUUUUUCACCCUGUUAUUCCUAUUAUCUAGAAUUGCUAGUCUUAGAAUGAAUCGAAGUACCGUCGAAAUUCGCCGGCUUUAUUCAAAACAAAGAGUUAAAUUAUUUAACAACUUGUUAAGUUUACUUAUAACUUAAUAAGUAGCUAA